CCCUCCCAUCCCACCCUCUCCUCUCUCUCUCUCUCUCUCUCUCUCUCUCUCUCUUAAAAUUAGCAGUGAGUCCAAAAAGUCCAAAGCUGGCAAAACGCCCAUUCCCCUGCCCGAAAGAUGCAAGCUUUUUACUUGGGAUGGAAACCAGAUAAUCACACCCUCCAUUUCUUCAUCCGUUCGAUCGAAUUGAACUCCAACCCAAUAAUUAUCUGCAGUUCCUAGAGAAACCCAAUUCGAAAAGUCAGCGUUUUGCAGCUCGAGUUCUGAGAAUUCUGCAGAAAGAAAGAGUUGGGUUGCUGGGAGCGGCUGAGGAGAUGUGGGGGUUCGGGGGUCGGUGUUAUUGGGGAAGGAAGGAGCGGCGGAGCGAUGGGGUUGAAGGGAUAGUGGUGUUGUUUGCGUGGAUGUCGAGCCAGGAGAGGCAGCUGAAGAGCUUCGUGGAGCUCUACUCGUCUUUGGGUUGGAACUCUUUGGUCUGCCACUCUCAAUUUCUCAAUAUGUUCUUCCCUGAGAAGGCUACAACUAUAGCAACGGAUAUUCUAAAUGAACUUGUUGAGGAGUUGAAGAUUAAGCCUUGCCCAGUGGUCUUCGCUUCUUUUUCUGGUGGUCCAAAAGCCUGUAUGCUCAAAGUUCUUCAGAUAAUUGAGGGAACUUGUGAAGAAAAACUGAAUCUGGAUGAUUGCCGACUGGUUAAAGACUGUAUUUCUGGCCACAUCUUUGAUUCCUGUCCAGUGGACUUUACUAGUGAUCUGGGUGCUAAAUUCGUUCUUCACCCAAGUGUCCUGAAAAUAUCUAAGCCACCAAGAUUUGCAUCCUGGAUGGCGCAGAGCAUUGCAUCUGGGCUCGAUGCGCUCUUUCUUAACAGGUUUGAGUCACAACGUGCUGAGUAUUGGCAGACUCUCUACUCCACAAUUGGCAUGCAGGCGCCGUAUCUCAUCUUAUGCUCGGAGAAUGACGAUCUUGCCCCCUAUCAAGUUAUCUAUAAUUUUUCGCAACGCUUACGAGAACUUGGGGCUGAUGUUAAACUAGUAAAAUGGAAUGGCUCUCCUCACGUAGGUCAUUACAAGCAUUAUCCAGUUGACUACAAGGCUGCCAUAACCGAACUCCUUGGUAAAGCAACCAGAGUUUAUUCCCAAAGAAUUAGACGGCUGGAAGGGGAAACAAUUGGCAUGCAGGCAACACAAGAUGAGAUCGUUGACAAUGAACCAAUGAAUAGCCUUAGAAAAGCUGCAGGAGGCUCAAAUGGGUUUCGAGGAGUCACUCUAGCCUCAAGUGAUCACUUCUUCAUGCCCGGCUCAAUGGAGUACGAGGGAGGUAGAGAUGUUGGGUCCAUGCAGGACGAGCGCAAGGAAGGGAUAAUUCACCUGCCUAACCCGCCAACUCCAAGCAUGAAUGCCCAUGGGGUUCUUGGUCAGAUCCUUUUCGACGUCUGUGUUCCAAAGACUGUUGAGGAUUGGGACAUAAAGUCGUCAUCAGGUUCUUUGAACGGGAAAGGCAGCUCAAUCGCUUCAAGAAGACGACAUGCCCCCUUUAAUCCAAUCAAGUGCAUACGUCGCUCAAGAUUAUAAUUUGGCACAAGACAAGAGAGAUGAAGUUUGUUAUCUUUACUUUUUCAUUUCUUGCUUUGUUUCCGGAAUAAGGAGGAUAAGGUUCAUUCGGAGGCGGUAAGCCGACGAUGAUCUCAUUCUCCGGCAUAAAACAUGUACUGGCACUGAAGAAACUUUAGAUGGGUGAUGAGAAUCGUUGUAAUGAAUAUUAGAGGAAGCUGUAAAUGUAGAAAAGAAAUGAAUCGUAUGAGUUUGGCAAAAUAUUAAUGUUAUUUUAUUUUUUUAAA